AUGACCAUUGAGCAACAUGCCCCUCAUCUGAGUCACUGGCUGAAAGACUGUCAGGUAAGGCUCGUCGUGGGUGCUCCGUUGGAAACCAAUGGCCACCAGAAGACGGGAGACGUGUACAAGUGUCCGGUGACCCACGGGAACUGCACGAAGCUCAACCUGGGAAGGGUCACCCUAUCCAACGUGUCCGAGCGGAAGGACAACAUGCGCCUCGGCCUGAGCCUAGCCACCAACCCCAAGGACAACAGCUUCUUGAUGAGACGUCUGGGGCCUGCAGCCCCCUCUGGUCUCACGAGUGUGGGAGCUCCUACUACACCACAGGGAUGUGUUCGAGAGUCAACUCCAACUUCAGAUUCUCCAAGACCGUGGCCCCAGCUCUCCAAAGUUGGAGUUGUUCAGUACGGAGAAGACGCCGUGCAUGAGUUUCACCUCAAUGACUACAGGUCUGUAAGAGACGUGGUGGAAGCGGCCAGCCACAUUGAGCAGAGGGGAGGAACAGAGACCCGGACGGCAUUUGGCAUAGAAUUUGCUCGUUCAGAAGCCUUCCAGAAGGGAGGAAGGAAAGGGGCCAAGAAGGUGAUGAUUGUCAUCACGGAUGGGGAGUCCCACGACAGCCCGGACCUGGAGAAGGUGAUCCAGCAAAGCGAGAGGGACAACGUGACCAGAUACGCUGUGGCUGUCCUGGGCUACUACAACCGCAGGGGGAUCAACCCAGAGACUUUCCUAAAUGAAAUCAAAUACAUCGCCAGUGACCCCGAUGACAAGCACUUCUUCAACGUGACGGAUGAGGCGGCCCUGAAGGACAUCGUCGAUGCCCUGGGCGACAGGAUCUUCAGCUUGGAAGGCACCAACAAGAACGAAACGUCCUUCGGGCUGGAGAUGUCACAGACGGGCUUCUCCUCUCACGUGGUGGAGGUACGGACCGUUCACAGCCAGCCUGCCACAGACGCAGGGCUCUGGGCCGUCACCCCGCCUUCCUGGGCUGUCUCUGUCCCCUUUUCUCUUGUUCUUGGAGUCGCUCUGCCUCCCGUGUUCUGUGGUUGGAAGAGGGAAAUCGAGGUCUUCAACUUACA